AUGUCAGUGCUAAAACAUAAUAUAAGGUUGUUAGUAAAUAAGAGUUUAAGUUCUAUUUUCGACUCCAUAAAACAUAAUUGUUUGCUAAAGUUUGAUGCUAAUGCACUGACAGCAUUCGGGCAUAUUAAUUAUUCUGGUCAUUUAGAACUUUGUAAUAUUGAAGUUACCGUUAAAAGGUUGACUAACAAAGUUGAUGUGGAAAAGGAGAUAAUUAGAGAUUUAGAAAGUAGCCGUGACAAAGAGGUUAAUGUUGGUCCCUAUAGCUUGAUAAUUUAUUAUUUUAACCAGUUCCGUAGAAUAAGAUUUAAGUAUUGUGGAGAUGAGAUGAAUUUCAUACGCUCACUGAGUAGGAGUACAAGAAUGUUCUCAAUUGGCAAGAGUGGUUCCCCGAUUUUCAUGACAUACGAUGGGAAAUUUACAAUAAAAUUAAUAAAUAAACAUGAAAUGGGCCUGUUUAUAUCCAGAGGUAUUGAUUUUUUUACUCACUUUACCAACAAUAAGACGUUAAUGAGUUUGCCGUAUGGACUCUUCAAAGUGACCCACGUCAAAACUAACACCUCAAUAAACUGCUUUGUAAUGCAAAACAUCGAUUAUUUUAAUGAUGUUAAGGUCAGUUUUGACCUUAAAGGAGUUUUCCUAAAGAGAUUCAUUAGCACUAAUAAUACAAAUAAUCCUGUUAAUAACACCAAUAAUGGUGGUGGUAAUGUAGUAGGAAAUAUUGAAGUGUUAUUGGACCAGAAUUUUAAAAUAUACACUAAGGGGUGUCCAAUACAAUUGAAUGGGGAGUCUAUUAAUAUAAUAAAUAACAGACUAAAGAACGAUUUGCAGUUUCUCUCGUCCAUUAACAUUGUGGACUAUUCACUUCUGCUCAGAAUAUUGCCGACACUCUCCAUCAUCACCAUCGGAUUGAUAGAUUUUCUAAGGCCUUAUACAUGGGAUAAACAGAUAGAAACAGUAGGGAAGAGAUUAGCAAAUAUAGGUCAAGCUCCUACAAUAGUAUCACCCAACGAGUAUAAAACAAGAUUUUUCAACUUUAUACAAAAGACUUUUAUAAACUUUCCCACUUUAAAAUGUAAUAAUGCAAAUUUUAACAUCACUGGUAGGAUGGUUGAUAAUGAUACCAGCCCUGCAAGGGAUAAUAGUGAUAGGGAGGUAAAUGAUUUAAUAGUGGAGUAUGAACACAAAAUUAGAAAGUAUAAAAGGUGUAAAGUGUGUAGAAUAAUAAAAUGUUUGUACGAUAAUCCCUAUUAUUCAUGUCUCAAGUUCUAUAUGGCAAUGUUAUCACCAAGUGUGUUACAGUAUUUGCACUCAUUAUAUAAUUCUAAGGCAACAAUAAGUUAUACCAGUGAAGAUAAGAAUGAAUAUGGAGAAGAGAAUCUUAAAGAUGGAGUAAAAGAACUUGUCAAAUUGAUACAAAAUAUACAUCAAUCACCAACUGUUAAUUGGGCAUUAAUUUAAUUACAUUUAAUAUUACUUAAAUU